UACAUCCUGAUGUUAAGAAUAAGAAAUGUGAAGUUCAAAAAAAUUAAGCGACCUGUUUAAGGUCAUCUCCUUAAAAACUCAGUCCGUCUGUCCUCAGAAGACUCACUGGUGGGUGGUCCUGUUGUCUGUUCCAGAAACAGAGGACAGAGCAUCGCUUGGUCAGAAGCAACAGGGUAGGCAGUCUUGGCUGCAGUGACAUGAAGACGACUUCUAACUCCUACAUCCUUCAUGAAUUCCCAGGACUUGGUCACAUGACUCGGACCUGCUGGGUGACAUUGUUACUGGCUCAGGGAUUGUGUGCUGGCCUGACUGCUUCCCCCCUUCCUCCUGAGUCAUUUACAGACAAUAUCAUGGGAGCCAGGGCUGUGCUGGCCCACCUUGCUGAGCUCGGGCCAGGCCUCCAGUGAGGACCCCGGUGUCCAGACAUCACCACACAGAGCCUCGCAGCACCUGGAGAGGCCGGUGGGAGGCCCAUGUUCUCUCUUCCAUUUGAUGGAGGAGGAACUGACUCCCCCUUCCUGGGCACAGCUGUGUGAGGCCCUGGGCUUCAACGCCCCCUGCUGUUCUUUCCAUGACCCCAGGAAGGUUAACGGAGGCUGAGGGCUGUCCCCAUCCUGUCUGCUCUUGAACCUGGGAAAUGGAGCAUGUCCGUGUGCUCUCUUUGUUGAUUCACUUCACUGGCCAAGAGCAGGGCACAUGGUUCUCAAAUAUAAGUGAGCCUCCUGUUCCCUCAGAGAUGCAGAGACACGUCUUCUGCCCACAAUGGCCUUGAGCAGGAAGAUGCUGUAUUUUGUUUUUGUCUUUUUCUUCAUUUUGGCUCAAUGUCCAUCAGGUUCCUGGGCAGGACUCGAGUAUUCCCAGCCCUUCCCUGGAGGUGAGUUUUCUGCGUGUGAGCCAUGCAAGCUGGGGCGGGGCAAGUGCAGGCGGAUGUGCACUGAGGAUGAGAAGGUGGUCGGAAGUUGCAAGCUGAACUUCUUCUGCUGCCGACGGAGGGUCCAGUAAGUCAGACCGGCACUCACCAGCCUCUGUAACAGCCCUGACUCCUCAGAGAAGGUCAGG